GAGUGCGGAUGUCAUUCUGCAAAUUUUCAAUAUAUUUUUUACACGAGGAAGAGUUUGGGUAGGGCUUAGGCUUCCCCUUUUCGCUCUGGUGGAGUGGCGUGAUACAGAGCUUUUCGUCGUACGAUAACCAGUUUUCCGGUACCGAUAGCUGUUUUCAGCCAUCAUAAUGCCGAGAAAGAGAAGAACUGAGCUUCCUGCUAGUGGGGGUGAGAGCUCUGCCUCUCAAGAAGCUAGUGCAGGUGGCAACCGGGGUUCCCAGCGCCCAUCUGAGAGGGGUGGACCACCUCAGCAAGGAGCAAGUGGAGGCCCUUAUCAAAGUGGAAGGGGUUGGGCCCCACAGUCUCAACAAGGAGGUCGUGGAGGUGGUUAUGGCGGUGGCCGCGGCCGGAGUGGGAUGCCACAACAGCAGUAUGGUGGAGCCCCUGAAUAUCAAGGGAGGGGAAGAGGAGGGCCGCCACCUCAGCAAGGAAGCCGAGGAAGCUAUGGUGGCGGUGGUGGUCAUGGUGGUAGUGGCCGUGGAGGAGGUCCUUCUGGUGGCCCAUUUAGACCACCAGUCCCCGAGCUGCACCAAGCAACCCUGGCUCCUUACCAAGCUGGGGUGUCCCCUCAGUCUACGCCAUCUGAGGCGAGCUCUUCGUUUCGCCCACCAGAGCCAUCACCAGUAACACUAACAGAGCAGUUGCAGGAGCUUUCUAUCCAGCAAGAAGGUUCUUCAAGCCAGGCAAUUCAGGCUGCGCCUCCACCCUCAAGUAAAUCAAUGAGGUUCCCCCUUCGUCCUGGCAAGGGUAGCACUGGCACAAAGUGUAUAGUAAAGGCUAACCACUUCUUUGCUGAUUUACCAGACAAGGAUUUGCACCAGUAUGAUGUUACCAUUACACCUGAAGUCGCAUCACGGGGAGUCAAUCGAGCUGUAAUGGAACAACUUGUUAAAUUGUAUAGAGAAUCUCAUCUUGGAAAACGUCUGCCUGCCUAUGACGGCCGGAAGAGUCUUUAUACUGCUGGUGCACUUCCAUUUAUUUCAAAGGAAUUUAAAAUCACUCUCAUUGAUGAAGAUGAUGGAUCAGGGGGGCAAAGGAGAGAGAGGGAUUUUAGAGUUGUCAUCAAAUUAGCUGCACGUGCUGACCUACACCAUUUAGGCCUCUUUUUGCAGGGAAGGCAAGCAGAUGCUCCACAGGAGGCUCUUCAAGUUCUUGAUAUUGUAUUGCGUGAAUUGCCUACUACUCGGUAUUGCCCUGUGGGUCGAUCAUUUUAUUCCCCUGAUCUAGGAAGAAGGCAACCCCUUGGCGAAGGUUUGGAGAGUUGGCGUGGUUUCUACCAAAGUAUUCGCCCUACACAGAUGGGACUGUCGCUGAAUAUUGAUAUGUCGUCCACUGCUUUCAUUGAGCCUCUGCCUGUCAUUGAAUUUGUUACACAAUUAUUGAACCGGGAUGUUUCUGCUAGGCCAUUAUCUGAUGCUGACCGUGUGAAGAUAAAAAAGGCUCUUCGCGGCGUCAAGGUUGAAGUUACACACCGAGGAAAUAUGCGCAGAAAAUACCGCAUAUCUGGUUUAACAUCACAGGCUACACGGGAAUUGACUUUUCCUGUUGAUGAAAGAGGAACUUUGAAGUCUGUAGUUGAGUACUUCCGCGAGACCUAUGGCUUUGAAAUUCAACAUACUCAAUGGCCGUGUCUACAAGUGGGUAACCAGCAGAGACCAAAUUAUUUGCCGAUGGAGGUCUGCAAGAUUGUGGAGGGUCAGAGGUACUCAAAGAGACUGAAUGAGAGGCAGAUCACUGCUCUUCUGAAGGUGACUUGUCAGCGUCCUCAUGAAAGGGAACGUGACAUUAUUCAGACUGUUCAUCAUAAUGCUUACCGCGAUGAUCCUUAUGCAAAGGAGUUUGGAAUUAAAAUCAGUGAAAAGCUUGCUUCUGUUGAAGCUCGCAUUUUGCCUGCUCCAUGGCUUAAAUAUCAUGAUACGGGUAGAGAGAAGGAUUGCCUGCCUCAAGUUGGACAAUGGAACAUGAUGAAUAAGAAAAUGGUCAAUGGGGGAACUGUGAACAACUGGAUAUGCAUAAAUUUUUCUCGGAAUGUUCAAGAUAGUGUGGCUCGUGGAUUUUGCUAUGAACUUGCACAAAUGUGUCAUAUUUCUGGCAUGGCAUUUAAUUCUGAGCCUGUACUUUCUCCUGUAAGUGCACGUCCUGAGCAAGUAGAAAAGGUGUUGAAGACUCGAUACCAUGAUGCCAUGACAAGACUCCAGGGCAAGGAGCUUGACCUGCUUAUUGUAAUUCUCCCUGACAACAAUGGUUCUCUUUAUGGUGAUUUGAAGCGGAUUUGUGAGACAGAUCUUGGACUUGUUUCCCAGUGCUGUUUAACAAAGCAUGUCUUUAGAAUGAGCAAACAAUAUCUAGCCAAUGUAGCGCUGAAGAUAAAUGUGAAGGUUGGGGGAAGAAACACUGUACUUGUUGAUGCAUUAUCAAGGCGUAUUCCUUUAGUCAGUGACCGGCCUACUAUUAUUUUUGGUGCUGAUGUUACCCAUCCUCAUCCUGGCGAGGACUCGAGCCCAUCUAUUGCAGCUGUUGUGGCAUCUCAAGAUUGGCCAGAGGUUACAAAGUAUGCUGGUUUGGUCUGUGCUCAAGCCCAUCGACAAGAGCUUAUCCAAGAUUUGUUCAAAGAGUGGCAAGAUCCUGUAAGAGGGAAAGUCACUGGUGGCAUGAUCAAGGAACUCCUUAUAUCUUUCCGAAGAGCAACUGGGCAGAAACCUCAGCGUAUUAUAUUUUACAGGGAUGGUGUCAGUGAAGGACAGUUCUAUCAAGUUUUGUUGUAUGAACUUGAUGCUAUCCGGAAGGCUUGUGCUUCUUUAGAACCAAAUUAUCAGCCUCCUGUGACGUUUGUUGUGGUUCAGAAGCGUCACCACACCAGGUUGUUUGCCAAUAACCAUCAUGACCGUAAUGCUGUUGACAGGAGUGGGAAUAUACUUCCUGGUACUGUUGUGGAUUCGAAAAUCUGUCAUCCAACAGAGUUUGACUUUUAUCUGUGUAGCCAUGCUGGAAUUCAGGGUACAAGCCGUCCAGCUCACUACCAUGUCUUAUGGGAUGAGAACAAAUUUACUGCUGAUGGGUUGCAGUUACUUACGAACAAUCUUUGCUACACAUAUGCAAGAUGUACACGUUCUGUUUCCAUUGUUCCUCCUGCGUACUAUGCUCAUCUUGCAGCAUUUCGAGCUCGGUUCUACAUGGAGCCAGAGACAUCAGAUAGUGGAUCGAUGACAAGUGGUCCUGUAGGUGGACGAGGUGGCAUGGGUGGAGGUGCAGGUGCAAGGAGCACACGAGGACCUAGUGCCAGUGCGGCUGUGCGACCCUUACCUGCCUUGAAGGAGAAUGUCAAGAGGGUCAUGUUUUAUUGCUAGUUUCAAUCUGACCCAGAAAAUUAACAUUUGGAUUGUCAUUUAGGACGUAGUUAAAAAACUGUUUUCUGGUAUGAAUAUACUGCAGUUUGCUUUGUUGCUGUGUGUUGACAUGAAUAUUGGAAUAUGGAUGUUUGUUCCAAAUUUACCAUUUCUUUUGUUAUUCGUGACUUUUGCUGUAAUGGUGGUAGUGUAUUAAUCCUGUCUGCCACAUUUUCUCUUAAGUGGCCAAAAUGCUCGAUGGAAAUACAAGGUGGCCUGAAUGUGGCGAGUCCUUUUCUAAA